AGUUUACUUACUACAACACACAAGUGCGACUGUUUCACAGUCAUCAGCCGUGAAAAACAAUGACUCUAUCGCUCCACUAAGAAUACAUAGAUGGUUACAAAAACCCUUAGCCCUCGUCUUUGGGAAGACGUGUAUAUAUUUCCUCUUCAACCUUUGCUCUGCCUUUUCCGGCCUUGAUAUCACAAAACUCCCCUCCCUACUCAAUUCCAGACAUAUAUAAAAAACUCCAAGCUAUCAAUACAAGAAGAGUCCCCCGCCCGCCAUGGGCGGCCAACUAUUCUGCUCCGGCCCAAAUGCCCUCAACGUUCCCCGGCUCGCGCCAGACUUAUAUCAAAAGCUCAAAGCCCAAUACACAGACCUCCUCCGCCAGUAUUACUCCAAAGUCACAACUCCCGUCGAAGCCCCCGGAAAAGCCUCCCAUGGCGACAUCGACAUGAUGGUCGCCUCCCCACUCCACGACCUUGCCCCUCCCACCCUCGCCGCCAUCCUAGACGCCGCCCGCCACUCCACCAGCGGCCCAACAACCUCCUUCGCCGUCCCCCACCCGGAAGACCCCACAGGCCACGUCCAGCUCGACGUCCACGUGUGCGUGCCCGAGCACCUCGCCUGGGAAGCAUUCGAGCACUCGUACGGCGACCUCUGGCAGAUCAUCGGCGUCUGCAUCCGCCCGCUCGGCCUCACGACCACGAACAAGGGCUUCUUCCUGCGCAUUCCCGAGCUCGAGCACACGGAUCGCAAGGGCAGUCUGAUCUUCCUGACCGAGGAGCCGUCGGAGGCGUUGCAGUUUCUUGGGCUUGAUGCGGCGGCGUACGAGACGGGGUUUGCGACGGAGGAGGAUUUGUUCGCGUGGAUUGUCGAUGCGGGGUUCUUUGGUGUGGAGGAGUUGAGUACGAGGGACAAUGCAAAGGAUCGGCAGAGGAGGGCGAAGAGAGAGAUGUUUGUGCGGUUUGUGGAUGAGUUUGUCGGGGCGAGGAUGGGCCAGUUGAGGGUUUCUCCGGGGCCGGAGUGGACGCGGGAUGCUGUGCUGGCGAGAGGUCUCGAGCGGUUCGGCAGGCGAGAGGAGUAUGAUACGAAGAUGGCUGGGUUUUUCAAGCACGAGAAGGAAAAGGCGUUCUGGGCAAAGGCGGCUCGUAUGGUUCCUGUUGACGAGGGCGAGAAGUUGAAUCUCGUUAUGAGAGGGCUAAAGCGAUGGGUGUCGUUUGAGCAAGACGAGGCCGUCAUCAAUGCAGAAGCUGACAUGAGUGAUGACCCGGUAUCGAAAUGGGCGAAUGCGAUUGAUGACAUCGGUGAAGAGAAGUUACUCGCUUGGAUAGAAGACAACUGGGAAGAGGUAAGAACAAAGGAGAAGAGUAGAGUAAAGAGAGCCAAGAUGGAACGGGCGGAAGUGCGAGGACUCACACGUUCUGGCGAAGUGAAAAGCGAAGAUUGACAAAGGAGAACUGUACUCUCAUCAGUAAUACCGUGAGUAAUCAACGCAGUCCUUUUUACCAUCACGACCCAAGGACAGAUGUUGAAAGACCGAGAAUUCUCAUAUGGUACAGGCAAAAGAUACAUCCAUAUACAGAAUUUGCGUCGUAUUAGUACAAGAUGCUCAGUCCGUGGUCCGUCCGCACAGGCGCUCCAUGGUCUAGUAUGGCAGUCUCCCUACCAGCUACUCUACCUCCUCUUCUUACUCUUCACCUUCCGCGCCCCCGUACCCG